GGCGGCGGUGUGAACUCCUCUACAGUACAGCGGGUUUGUUUUCGAGACGAGGCGAAACAGUUACUGAGUACCAACUGAGUAAACAAGGGGCUGAAAAUGGAGGCGAACGAUGGAGGUCGAGGAGGCUGGAAGAAUAAUAACAAUAAUAAAUUUGCUCAGAAGAGCAAGCUCAACGUUAUUAUGAGGCAGGAGGAGUUGAUCGCUCAGAAGAAGCGUGAAAUCGAGGCAAAAAUGGCAGAGCAAGCUAAACGGAACAUAUCAGCUCCUAGCAAGCCAAUACCACCAAGCAGCCCAACUUUACAGGGAUCAACCUCGAACAAGUUUGUGAAUGACGGAAGCUUCCUGCAGCAGUUCCUGAAGAUGCAAAAGGAGAAAUCUAGCACUGAUUCAGGAUCCAGCACAGACUCCAAAAGCUCCACCCUCUCCUCUCAGAGUCAGAAGAAGAGCAUUCUAGUUGGGAAACGACCCGGCUUGGGUGUUAGCAGCAUGCUAAACCAGUUUAAGAGCUAUUCCCAGUCCAAGAAGACCCAGUUACAGAUCCCCAGGCCGAGUGUCUUCAGCUCCCCAGAUGAGGAGGAUGCAGAGGAAGAGGAUGAACAUUACCUGGAGGUUAAAGUUUCCCCCCCAGAGGAUGAAGACUUGGUCCUCAUCAUCGACCGGAUGGCUACUUUCGUCGCUGAAGGGGGGCCGGAGCUUGAGAAGAAAGCUAUUGAAGAUUACAGGGACAAUCCAGUCUUCUUAUUCCUGAUUGAUAAGGACAGCAAGGAGCAUCUGUACUUCCGCAAGAAAGUAGCUGAGCUGAGACUGCAGAUUCGCGCAAAAGACUCGUCUACACAGUCUGAUGUCUUCUCCUCAGUGGACGAGGACACAAAGAAGGUGGCAGACAAGCUUGCCCGCUUCGUGGCCGACGGAGGGCCAGAGGUGGAGGCCAUCGCUACCAAGCACAAUGUUGACAACCCUGCCUUCAGCUUCCUCUACGAUCAACAAAGUCCAGCUCACCAUUUCUACAAGUCCAAAGUGGAGGAGUACCGUCAGGCCAAAAACAGCUCUUCAUCUCCCCCUAGAGUUGAACCCUCAGUAGGCACAACACACCCCGUCCCCUCUUUACCAAGUGCAGCCCUCCACAUCCCCAGCUCAGUCAAAGUGGAGCCCAGUGAGGAAUCCGCACCAACGUGCGCCAAGCGGAAGAGGAAGAGCCGCUGGGGGGCCGAGGAAGACAAGGUGGAGCUGCCCAUUCCGCCGAUAAUCAUUCCUCCUCAGAUGAUCGACGCUGAACCUGAAACUCCAUCACUCUCUGAGCAGGAGCUGAGGGGCCUGGGCUAUAAGAAGGGAAAGCCCAUCGGUCUGGUGGGUGUCACAGAGCUCUCUGAGGAUCAGAAGAGACAGCUCAAAGAACAGCAGGAGAUGCAAGAAAUGUUCGACAUGAUCAUGAAGCACAAGCGGGCGAUGCAGGAGAUGCAGGUGAUGUGGGAGAAGGCCGUGCGGGAUCACCAGCAUGAGUACGACAGUGACGAAGAGGUUGACUCUCAGGCAGGAACAUGGGAGCACAGACUCAGGAAGAUGGAGAUGGAAAAAACAAGAGAAUGGGCAGAGCAGCUGACUGAGAUGGGGAAAGGGAAGCAUUUCAUUGGUGACUUUCUGCCACCUGACGAGCUGGAAAAGUUCAUGGAGACAUUUAAGGCUCUAAAGGAGGGCAGAGAUCCAGAUUACUCUGAGUAUAAGGAGUUCAAGUUGACAGUGGAGAACAUUGGUUUUAAGAUGCUGAUGAAGAUGGGCUGGAAGGAAGGAGAAGGUCUGGGCUCGGAAAGCCAGGGCAUCAAGAACCCUGUUAACAGGGGAACCACUGCAGUAGACGGCGCAGGGUUUGGAGUGGACCGACCUGCAGAACUCUCUAAAAAUGAUGACGAGUAUGACGCCUUCCGCAAGAGAAUGAUGCUGGCUUACCGCUUCAGACCUAAUCCCCUGAAUAAUCCAAGGAGGCCGUACUACUGAAGGGAUCGCAGUUGUAUUGUGCUGUAGUUUUUUUAUUUUAAUAUUUGACAUCCUUGACAUUUGGACGUGCAGUUUAAAAUGCACACCGUGAUGGUAUUACAGAGUAUUAAUGCUUUGCCCGAACUUGAAAAUGUCCCGUUUUUCCUUUUGCUUCAGUAGAUCAUGCUCAAAGACAUUUUAGAGGAUAAUGGCUCAAACCUUCACAUGUUCCCUUUUUUAAAAAAUAAAAACUUUCAACUUCAUAGAAUCAUACAGUUCAGAUUCAGAGUUAUCUUAGCUGGUUGUGUAUUUUUUCCAAAUAUCCAAAUGGACACUUCACUUGAACUUUUGAGCUGCGCCGAUUGUCUUGACAGUAUCUUGACAGUGAAUUCAUCAUUAUAGCAGUGAAAAAGCUGUUUUCUCUCUUGUUUGUUGUCAUAUACUGAAUGUAAUGUGUUCUGUAGACCUCAAAUAAAGGUUUAAAUGGUUCUCCAA